AUGAAUGCUUCAAGUCUUCCACUUCCAAAGUUCUGUGGUAAGAAUUUUGAGCAAUGGGUCAUCCAAAUGACAGCCUUGUUUGUUUUUUUGGAGUUGACAUCAAUUGUGGAAAAUGGUUAUGAUGAACCAGCAGCAGGAGCAGUACUCACUCAAGCGCAGAAAGACACAUUGAAGGAUUGCAGAAAGAAAGACAAGAAAGCACUGUAUUACCUGUACGUUGCAGUCAACGAAGAGGUAAUGAAGAAGAUCCAGCAUGCAGCUACAACAAAGAAAGCCUGGGAUAAGUUGCAGACUUCUUACAAAGGUGAUGACAAGGUGAAGAAUGUGAGGUUGCAGAUCGCACGAGGUGAAUUCGAGACUCUCCAUAUGAAUAAUUCUGAAAAGAUUUCUGAUUAUUUUUCUAGAGUUCAGUCUAUUGUUAAUCAAUUGCGAGAUAAUGGUGAGAAUGAACUUGAGAUAUGCUGCAGGUCUAUAGAACAGGCUUUUCAAAGCAAGGUUUCUAUGACGGAGAAGGGAAGUUCUAGCGGAGAGGUGGAAGCCAAUGCAUCUAAGCCUAAAGGCAGGUAUGAUAAAUCUAAAGUAAGAUGUUAUCAUUGCAAGAAACUUGGUCAUUAUAGAAAAGAGUGUAAACUUCUACAUGCUAAUUUCAAUUCUGAGCAUACUAACAUUGUUCAAGAUGGUGUAGAAGAAAGGGAAACUCUGUUGUUAGCUUGUAGUGUUUAUGAAGAGGCGGAACUUGACAAGUGGUAA